AUGGCGCCGCCGGUGCUGUUGGUGGUGGGUCCCCCCGCGUCGGGGAAGACGUCGCUGCUGCAGCGGUUCCUACACGACUCCUGUGAAGAUGAUCCGAAGCCAAGCAUCGGAAUGCAGACAGGGAUGUUCUUCCACCUGGACCCGGAGGACGCCAUCUUCGCCGAGCUCCGGGAGCUGCUGCCCAGCCACGGCGUCACCUUUGAGCUGAUGGAAAUCGGAGGACGGGAACCUGUCCAUAGAGAGAUGCCAAGAGGACGCUAUGUUUGUGGUCUGAUGUUGUGCUAUGAUUGCAGGGACCGGACGUCGUUCUUGCGGCUGAAGCACGUGCUCUGCCGGCACCGGAUGGACCGACACAUGGAGAUCUCGUGCAGCUCGGUGAGUGCCGUGGGGGAGUUGGCGGCGGUGCUCUGUGCCACGAAGACCGAUCUGGGCGCAUCGGCGGUCACCCAGGCUCCCGCCUAUCUCACGCCGCACGAGGGUCUUGGGCGUGAGAUCCGGCUUUCGAUACUUGGUCCGGUGGGAACUCCGAGAGCGCUGCUGAAAGAGCGUUUGGCCAAGCUCCAACCGCUUCCGCUGCGCUUGGGCACUGGCUCGUUAGAGAGGAUCGGGCUCCGCGUAAGCCAGUUCACGGGCUGGACUGCUGCUUCCGGCUUUCUCGUGGAGGGUCUCCAGUUUGUCCAGUGGCUUCAGGCCGAGUUUGGGUUGAACCGCAACCAUCGCAUCUACGCCCUCGUUCCGCCGAAGCGCUUCGGACACUUCUUGCACGAGCUUGAGGAACCGGAUGCUGACAACCACGACCUCAUCGCCGCUCGCAAACCCUUGAGCCAUGGAAGGUCCUGGCUUGCCGUGGGCUUUUUGGCGGCGCUGGCGGCGGUGCUGGGCUGCAGGGAAGCUCAGGGAUUCGCCCUGGUUGGCGGACUGGAGCGGUCCAGUGUUCCCUUGAUUUUCGGUGGCCUUGCGAAGUUUGGUGCCCUGACCGGCCGACCGGCUGGCGACCCCAUCGAUGUGAAGGCCAGUGUGCAGCACUGGGAAGAGAUCCCAGGCAUCGAUGAAGUCAUUGAGCACGCCAAGACCUUGGAGCUGAAACAGCCCUUGCGUCACUUGGACGACCUGUUCUACGAGUCGCAGCCCACGGAGCUGCCAUGGAUCCGCACCGAGUGCGUGAUCGAUGUGGUCCAGGCGGCCGCCUAUUUGGGCCAGGCAGUGGUCUUCCUGUACAAGGCCAUCGAUUAUCCUGGCUUGAAAUGCCCCAACAACAGCCCCGUGGGCUGUGCUGCCAGCGUGGCUGGGUUCAUCACCUCCAUCACCUGGAUCGCCUCCUACCUGUCCUUCGCGGCCAGUGCCUGCGGGAAUGCCGUGAAGCCCGACGCCCUUUGCGCAGGGGACUGGACGGCCCUGAUGGCGAACUUCGGGGAGAUGGCCACCGUGGGCGCGGCGGUCAAGGAGGAUUGCGACUUCGGCAAGGACUGGGUGGCCCUUUUAGCGGAUGAGAAGGAUGUUGACAUUCCUCCCCAUGAGUACUGGCUGAACUUUGUUCCCAAGUUGCAAGCGGAGAAUGCUGAGACUCUGAUCAAAUGGGAUCACUUCAAUAGCGUUCAGCGGAACCGGAACUUUGACCUCACUCAGUGUGUCAUGGAUGUGACGAACUCGGCCUCCUACAUCGUACGGGCCAUCCUCCAGAUCCGCUCGGCAGCCCUGUCCUGCCCACAGCCAAGGGCCUGUGCCAUCAACAUCAUGAACAUCAUCUCCUCCUUCGCGUGGAUCUCGCAGUUCACCGCCUUAGCGGUCUCCGAUUGCGCGAAGCUGGGGAACCAGAAGGCCCUUUGCGCGGCCGACAUCAGUGACAUGGUGGCAGCUGUGACCAACGGCCCUGCAGCGGGUGUGGCGACCACCUCUGACUGUGCGGACAUCCCGGUGCCUGAGGAGGAGAAGCUUCGAUUCAUCAUUUGCCGAUGGAUUGAGACGGGGCACGUCGGCCGAUUCAUCUCUCCAAGCCUGGAGUCGAAGGGUGGAGUGGAUGUGGGUUUGGGUCCGAAGCCUGGUAGACCGUUUGAAAUCCGGCAGGAACCCAUGGGGAACCCUGCAGCCCGGGCGGUGCCGGACGAAGUGCCCACCACCGCCGAGAGGGCUCGGCUUAAGACAGUGCCGCGCGACCUCCCCCCACCGAGCGCGGUCGUGGGUCCUCCAGGAGUCCGUUGGGCCUUUCAGACUUUGGUUCUGCUGGCGCUCCGUGCGGAGCUGGUGCCCAGGGGGGCGCGGCGCAGCCACGACGAUGCUGGCCUGCUCAGCGGCCGGGAGGCGGAACGCGCCUUCGCGUUGCCCUGCGGUCUCGACGUGUGCACCACGUUGUCGGGCCUCACCAGCCCCCCCCAACUUGCGCCGCUGCGAGCCGCGGCGUGGAGUCCCCGCUACGGAGCGCUACGUGGAGGUCCUCGACGUGGAUGGCCAGGUCCUGUGUGA